AUGGCCGACAAGGAAGCCAUUGUCUAUGUUAUCGACCUCGGCGAGUCCAUGGGCGACUGCCAUGGCGGCCGCACUGAGACUGACCUGGACUGGAGCAUGCGCUAUGUGUGGGACAGGAUCUCGACCACGGUCGCCGCCGGUCGCAAGACCUGGACGGCCGGCGUCGUCGCCUUGAACACGGAUGACACGAACAACGAGCAGGACCGCGAGGGUCUGGACGGCUACGAGAACAUAUCUGUCCUCCAGAACAUAAGUCCCUUGACUAUGAACUCGGUGCGAGAGCUGCAACCCAAGAUCAGGCCCUCCAGCAGCUCUGGCGGCGAUGCCAUAUCCGCAGUCGUUGUCGCCCUGUCCAUGAUCGAGCAGUACACCAAGAAGCUCAAGUACAACCGCAGAAUAAUUCUCAUCACUAAUGCCGAGGCGCCAAUUGACGACGAGUCGUCCGAGGAGGUUGCGAGGAGGCUCGACGAGUCCGACAUUGAGCUGAUCGUCCUUGGUGUUGAUUUCGACGAUGCCGAGUAUGGCUUCAAAGAGGAAGAUAAAUCCUCAGCCAAGGCAAACAACGAGAGAAUACUCGGGAACCUGGCUAGCCAGUGCAAGAAUGGCGUGUCUGGCACCAUGGCACAGGCCAUUGAGGAGCUUUCAAUUCCCAGAAUCAAGCAGGUCAACCCCUUCAAGGCCUACGAUGGGGCCCUCACACUCGGCGACCCCGCCACGCAGGAGAGCGCCCUGAGCAUCCGCGUCCAGCGCUACUUCAAGACGAAGCGAGCCACGGCCCCUUCAGCGAGCACCGUGGUCAUCAAGUCUGAACGCGGUGGUGGGCCUUCUCAGUCCACGCAUACCGCCGACGAGGAUGUGGAGAUGGGCGGCAUCGAGUUUUCCGGCGUCAAGCACAUGCGCACCUACAGGGUCAACGACCCAGACGCCCCGGGCGGCAAGAAGGAUGUCGAGUUUGAGAAGCUCGCAAAGGGCUAUCAAUACGGCUCAACCGUUGUUCCUUUCAGCGAGUCCGAAAUGAACAUCAUCAAGCUGCCCUCUAAAAAGGGGUACGAGAUCCUUGGCUUUGUGCCGUUUAGUAGUUAUGGGCCCUUUGUCAACAUGGGAGAGACGGGUAUUGUGGUCGCACAGAGUCACAGCGAGGAAGCCGAAGUAACCCUUUCGGCCCUGAUUCACGCGCUCCACGAAAUGGAGUCGUAUGCCGUGGCGAGAUAUGUGCAAAAGGAUGAUGCUCACCCACAGCUUUUCCUGCUCAAACCCAACCCAGGGCUUGAGGACCCGUUCGAGUGUCUCUACGACGUGCCGCUGCCUUUCGCCGAAGAUGUCCGAAGCUACCAAUUCCCGCCGCUUGACAAGGUGUUGACUGUGACGGGCCAAGUCCUCACGGAACACCGCCUGCUUCCAUCGGAUGACUUGAAUGUGGCCAUGAGCAAUUAUGUCGACGCCAUGGACCUGUCCGAGUUUGGUGCUGACGACGAAGGAAAACCCGCAGAGUACGCCCCUAUCGACGAGCUUUAUAACCCUGUCUUGCACCGCGUGAACCAAGCAAUCAAGGCCCGGGCUGUGCACCCCGACGAACCCCUUGCGCCUCCUGCCGAUAUUCUUUUGCGCUUCCAGUACCCACCCGAGAAGCUGGUAAAGGAAGCCAAGUUCGAGAUUGAGUCGCUGAUCGAAGCCGCCGAGGUCAAACCAGUGCCCGAGAAGGCCCAAGGGAAGCGCUUCAAAAAGGACACGGUCAAGCCGCUCUCGGGGCUGGACAUUGACUCGCUGCUGGGCCAAAAGCGGCGCACCACCAUCUCCCCCGAAAACGCGAUCCCCGAAUUCAAGCAGCUUGUGGCGUCGGCGGCCGACGACGCGACGCUCGAGAACGCGAUAAAGCAGAUUGGCGGCAUUGUGCGCGAACUCGUUAGGGAGAGCUUUGCGGAUCUGUCCUACGGCCGAGCUGCAGAGGACCUUCGCGUCAUGCGGGAAACGUGCGUCGACCUGGAGCUGCCGGCCCUCUACAACAAGUUCUUGACGGCUCUGAAGACGAGCAUCUUGUCGGGCGAGCUGGACGGCGAUCGCAGGCAGAUGUGGACCGAGCACAUUGUCGGGCGCGGCCUAGGCUUGAUCGCCAGGGACGAGUCCGAGGUGUCCGAUGUUGCCGUUGCCGAGGCUCUCAAGGCAAGCUAUUCUUUUUUGAGCUGGAGGUGA